AUUUUUUUUUUUGUUAAUUUGUUGCUUUUAGUGUUUUUUUUUGUGUGUGUGGAGCUGCUGAUCAGUUAGGCAAAAGCAUUACAGCUGCUUGCGCGCUCAGCCAUUGCCAUAGCAACAGGACACGCAACAAAAAUAUAAAUAUAUGUUGUUGUGUGUGUUCUGUUGUUUAAGAAAUUGGAAAGCGCACUAAAAGUGCAACUUAAUGGCAAUGGAUAGCGCUAGCUUGGCCAUGGAUUUGCUGCGAGCAGCCAGCGAGGAGCAUGACGCCAACGACGACACCAUUAUGCCAGCUGCCAAAGGCGCGUCAACCUCGCAGCCCGAGUACGUGUCGCAGUUUCGCAUCGAUGGUCAGCCCAUAUUGCCGCCAUUGAUGACGCCAGAGAAGCAGCGCCAGAUGCAGAUGUUGCGUGAACGAGCGCUACAGCUGGAGGCCAAGUACAAGGAAAGCAGCACGAGUGUAAGCAUGAUGCCGCCGAUUCCACCACCACCACCGCCAGCGCCACCGCUGGCUCCACAGAUGCACAGCAAGAUUCAGGGAAAGUCAUCGUCGUCGCCGGCACGGAAUCGCCCACAAACGCUAGCUGUGGCACCGCAGACUCUACCCAGCAUCUGUGUGAAUCCGCCCACACCACUGCAGGAACAGUUGCUGGCUACGCCGACGCCCAGCGUGCCUUGCUCGCCAGCACCCUCGAGCUCCAGCUGCAAUUUGAGCAACAAUGGCUGCAAGCGCAAGGUGAACAACAUUACGCGACGCAUUAUGCAGUUCGAGGUCAACGGUUUGGGCAAACAGUCGCAAGUGAUUCAACCAGCGGAGGUGGUCUGGCAAAGUCCUAACCAGGAAACAGCGACGUCUACCUCAGAGAAGCGCAUGCAGCGCUCCAGCACUAGUCCUUCGUUCAAAGACAUGCUGCCAACGCCAGCAGCGCAGCCACCAGAGCCGCUGCAGCGUUCGCACUCGUUUACGCUGGAGCAGCCAUCACAGGCGCUGCUCGAUCACAUGCAGCGACAUGGCAAUAAGCUGCCCAAUGCGCCGCCAACAGCAGCAGAGACGACGACGAAGACGCCGUGCAGUCGCGUUGUUGCUGGCAGCGUUAACAGCUGCAGUUCAGCUCUCAGUUUGUCGCAGCUGCGACGCGACACUGUCGAGUCCAAGGCGAAGCAAGUGCAGCGCAGUCGCAGCAGCAGCUGCUGUGCAAGCAAGCGCACGGUCCAAGCGUCCACGCGCCUGCAGCAGCAGCAACAACAGCUGGAGCAGCUGCUGCAACGUGCGCUGAACGAAACCAAUAGCGCGCUGGCGGAGCAGGAGCAACAGGGCAUGCAGCAGUUGACGCAGGCCAAGCGCAAGAUGAUGCAGGACAUUAAAACGGCGCAUCGUGAUCGUUUCCAGCAGCUGAUGCAGCUGCAGCAUAAGGAACAGGCGCGACUGCAGGCAGAGUUUGAUCGUCAGCAAAAAUAUCUGAUAGAACAGAUAUGCGCUGAGAUCAAUGUGGCUGCCUAUCCCUACGAGGCGCUUAGUCCUGGCGGCGUAUCGGAGUACACUAGCACGGAUGACCUGAACAGCACUAUCACCAGCAGCCCAAACUUGUCCAGCGUUGUGCGCAAGCGUCUCUUCGACCAGGACAGCGAUGCAACAUCCGAGCUGCUGGCACUGCCGCUGCCUCACUCACUGUCCAGUGGCGCCAGCACGCCGCGCACGCAGCCUCUGCGCGCCAGCAACAAGCAGAACAGCAACAGCAACAACAACAGCAUUAACUCAAAGGCGCCGCUGCGCAGCGUCAGUGCACGCAAAGCGAGCAGUCCACAGACCACAACUGCUCGUGUGGUCAGCAAAAAGACAACUGCGACUCAACAGCAGCAGAGCCAACGUCGCGUCAGCUCACCCAGCCGCCAGACUCUGAAUUCGGCCAGACGCACUGCAGCAGCCAUUUGCCUGCAGGCCGCCACACGUGGCUUUCUAGUGCGCCGUCUCUUUCGUACCGAGCAAGUGCAACGCAUUGUCCAAACCAUACGCGAUACGCUCAUCUUUGUGCUCAACUUGCAUUUGGAAACCUGCAGCGCCAGCCUAGCCAGGAACAAAGAGCAGGAGCCAGCCAGCAUACGCCUCAAGGCGCGUCUGCUGCAGCAGCUCUGCACGGCCAGCCGCACAUUGCAUCUGAUUUUCUUCCAAACGAGCCUCAAGGAGCGCAUGGAAAUCAUUGCCAGGGAUCGCAAACGCGUCAAGACCAAAAUGCUGUCUAUGUACGUCAAGCAACGAAACUAGCCACGCCCACAAUCUGUCAACAGCAACGCAUGAACAUCCACACACACUCAUUAUUUCCAAAUUAAAUCUCAACAAAUAAAUUCUUGUACUAACUAUAAAAU